GUCGCUCACCCCGCCACUCGCUCGUCUUCCCGCAUCCGCUGGGUCUCCGCUAUUUCCGCACCCGCUCGGCCACUCUGCUCGAGUCCACCUCCAAGCCAGCCAGCCAGUACCCCACUCGCACGGCCGCGCACCGCCAGCACGGCCUCCUCCCCUCCCCCGUCUCCAUCCAUCCCCGCUCCAUCCAAUCCUCCCCGUCUCCCCAACAGAUCAUUCAUCGAGGGCUCGCUUGUCGGUGGGGAAGGAAAGCUUCUCGUUCUCGCCGCCCAACCUCUCCUCCGCUGCCUCUCUGCUCCAGGAACUUGGGAAAUUAUGUCUCUUUGAGGGGAAUCGAGGGCCUUUCCUUUACCUUUCUGGGCUCCAUGUCUAAGUGGGAGUCAGUCACAUUUGAGGAAUCUCUUAGCUUUGUCAAGAAAGUAAAGGCACGUGACUAUAUGCUAUACCUAUCACUGCUUGAUGUGCUCAACCGGACCGAUCAAAUCCCUCUCGAAGCUUACAGCGAGCUUUCACUUCUCUUCCGACAUCAUGAAGAUCUGCUAGCGGAGCUGUCAAAGUUCAGGCCCCUCCCAUGCCCGAACAGCAUAUAUACCCACGGUUCGAUCUGGAUGAUCAUAUUCCUCAUGCCCUUUCUGCUCCUGAGCCUUGUCCUAGCCUUUGAGAAGCCAUUGAAGUGCUUCCUGCUCCAGUAGCCUGUUGCAAGCUGAAAACGCUGCAUCAUGGUACUAGCGGCCAAUUGUAUAUAUAUGUGAAUGGAUUGCUGUCCUGCAAUAUCUGUAUGAUCUCCUUGUAUGCUCAUGCAUGGAAAUAAUCUACCGUAUUAUCAAAGUUCAAGAAUAUGUAGAUGAAAUGCGUCAUACUGGCAGCAAAUCCUAAACAGAGAUCAUCUGUCCUUGUUCAAUAUGAACUUUAAUUGUACACGAUUUGGCCUAA